AUGUUAUCUCUACGGCAAACCGCAGGGCGGCUUCCUAUUCGUUUCCUCAUCACGCCGCCCUCAAAAGCAACCAGUCGGCAAAGAGUGCCACCAGUUAUCUACACCAGAAACUACUCGAGGGCAAAGCCCCAAACCCAAAAUCCGGUCAAGGACAGUGCUCAAAAGGCCGAUGCCAAGUCUACAGAAGAGAUAAAGCCUAAAAAGAAAACGCAAGCUGAGCUCGACGCGGAAGUGAUGGCAAAGCUGGCCGGGCACGACAGUGAGGGAGGAGAAGCCGGCAUCGAAUAUGAAGAUGGGAAGCCAGCGUCCAUGAAGAGAAGCGUGAAGAACAACAUGUUCAGAUACAUAUGA